GAGGCUCAGGAAGGACCAUAAUGUUUGAAAUAGGUUAAAAAAAAAAUGGACAGUCUUUUCAGUUUGAAAGACUUUGAUUUGGAGCAAAAGAAUCCGUCGGAGGAAGCCUUGAGACGCUGGAGGUCUGCCCUAUUUUUCGUUAGGAACCGCUGUCGAAGGUUCCGUAACGUCGCGGAUCUCGCCAAACGUGCUGAGGCCGAGAAGAAAAAACGCAAUAUACAGGAAAAGCUACGAGUAGCACUUUAUGUUCAAAAAGCAGCUCUACAGUUCAUUGAUGCUGGUGUACGAGUUGAAUACAAGCUUUCAGAUGAAGCUAUAGAAGCAGGUUUUACUAUAGACCCAGAUGAACUGGCAUCUAUUGUUCGUGGUCAUGAUAUUAAAGGCUUGAAACACUAUAAUGGGGUUGAAGGGAUUGCACGGAAAGUUUUAGUCUCACUAAAUGAAGGUGUUCAUGAAAGUGAUAUACCUAUCAGGCAAAAGAUCUUCGGCAUCAACCUUUACACAGAAAAACCUCCUAGAACAUUUUUAAUGUUUGUGUGGGAAGCACUUCAAGACCUAACAUUAAUUAUACUAAUGGUUUGUGCUGCGGUAUCUAUAGGUGUAGGACUUGCCACAGAGGGGUGGCCAAAGGGUUUAUAUGAUGGAUUGGGGAUCAUACUUAGUAUAUUUUUGGUAAGUCUGGUUACUGCUAUCAGUGACUACAAGCAGUCCUUGCAAUUUAGAGAUUUAGAAAGAGAGAAGAAAAAGAUUAUGAUUCAUGUCACUAGGGAUGGACAUAGACAAAAAAUAUCCAUUUAUGAUUUGGUUGUUGGCGAUGUUGUUCAUCUAUCUGUUGGUGACAAAGUUCCAGCCGAUGGCAUUCUUAUAUCAGGACACGCUUUGGUGAUUGAUGAGUCAAGCUUGUCAGGGGAAAGUGAGCCUGUGAAUAUAAAUGAAGAAAGACCUUUCCUUCUUACAGGAACGAAGGUACAAGAUGGUUCAGGAAAGAUGCUGGUGACAACAGUUGGUAUGAGGACUGAAUGGGGAAAGUUGGUGGAAACUCUGAAUGAGGGUGGAGAAGAUGAAACCCCAUUACAGGUAAAGCUAAAUGGCGUUGCUACAAUUAUUGGUAAAAUUGGUUUAACUUUUGCUGUGAUUACAUUUUUGGUAUUGACAGGAAGGUUUCUGUUAGAGAAAGCAAUUAAAGAUAAAAUUACAGAUUGGUCUUCAACUGAUGCAUUAACACUUAUAAACUACUUUGCCAUAGCAGUAACUAUAAUUGUUGUUGCUGUCCCUGAAGGAUUGCCAUUGGCAGUUACAUUGAGCCUUGCCUUUGCAAUGAAGAAAUUAAUGAAUGAUCAUGCACUUGUAAGGCAUCUCUCUGCAUGUGAGACAAUGGGUUCUGCUAACUGCAUUUGCACUGAUAAAACAGGUACAUUAACCACAAACCAUAUGAUGGUAGAUAAGAUAUGGAUAUGCAAUGAAAUUAUGAAGAUUGAAAAUAACAAUAAUGAAAACAUCUUGCAAUCAGAACUAUCCAGAGGAGUAUUAAACAUCCUCUUGCAGGCUAUAUUUCAAAAUACUAAUUCUGAAGUGGUGAAGGAUAAAGAGGGGAAAACUUCCAUUUUAGGAACACCAACAGAAUCAGCACUAUUAGAAUUCGGCUUGAUUUUGGGUGGCGACUUUGAUGUCCAACGCAGAGAAUAUAAGAUAAUUAAGGUAGAGCCUUUUAAUUCAGUUAAAAAAAAGAUGUCUACUCUUGUGGCUAUUCCAGGAGGUGGAAUGAGAGCAUUUUGUAAGGGUGCAUCAGAAAUAGUAUUGGGAAUGUGUGACAAAGUGAUUGAUGAAAGUGGAAAACCUGUUCCUCUAUCUGUAGAACAAGCAAGGUACAUUGUUGAUGUAAUAAACGACCUUGCCUCUGAAGCUCUGAGAACUCUCUGCCUAGUUUUCAAAGAUCUAAAUGAAUCUUCUGAUGAAAAUGGCAUCCCUGAAAGCGGCUAUACAUUAAUAACAGUUGUUGGAAUUAAGGAUCCAGUGCGCCCUGGAGUCAAGGAAGCAGUCCAAACUUGUUUAGCUGCUGGAAUUACUGUACGUAUGGUUACUGGAGAUAAUAUAAAUACAGCUAAAGCAAUAGCAAAAGAAUGUGGUAUACUUACAUCAGAUGGUGAGGCUAUAGAAGGACAAAAAUUUCGUAAUAUGUCCCCUGAAGAGAUGAAGUGCAUCAUACCAAAGCUUCAGGUAAUGGCUCGGUCUUUGCCUUUGGACAAGCAUGCCUUGGUAACUCAAUUAAGGAGUACAUUCGGAGACAUUGUUGCAGUGACUGGUGAUGGGACUAAUGAUGCUCCUGCCUUGCGUGGAGCAGAUAUUGGACUUGCUAUGGGCAUAGCAGGAACAGAGGUAGCAAAGGAAAAUGCUGAUGUCAUCAUUUUAGAUGAUAAUUUUUCAACUAUUAUAAAUGCGGCCAAAUGGGGACGAGCAGUAUACAUAAACAUUCAAAAGUUUGUGCAGUUCCAACUAACAGUUAACAUUGUUGCGCUUUUCAUCAAUUUCUUUUCGGCAUGCAUUUCAGGAUCUGCUCCUCUGACGGCUGUCCAACUGCUCUGGGUCAACAUGAUUAUGGAUACUCUUGGUGCUUUGGCUUUGGCCACGGAACCUCCAAACGAUGGACUUAUGAAAAGGCCUCCUAUAGGGAGGGGUGAAAGUUUCAUCACCAAUAUUAUGUGGAGGAAUAUUAUUGGUCAGAGUAUUUAUCAACUAGUCGUCAUUCUGACUCUCUAUUUUGAGGGGACAAAGCUACUGGAUCUUACUGGUACUGAUGCUACCAAUGUACUCGAUACUGUGAUAUUCAACUCUUUCGUGUUCUGUCAGGUGUUUAACGAAAUAAACAGUCGUGAGAUGGAGAAGAUUAAUGUGUUUCGGGGCAUUUUCAGUAGCUGGAUGUUCAUCGGCAUUAUUAUUGUGACAGUGGUAUUUCAAGUGAUCAUAGUUGAAUUCCUGGGAACCUUUGCCAGCACUGUACCACUAAAUUGGCAACUGUGGGUACUCUGCAUUGUAAUUGGAGCGAUGAGCAUGCCCCUUGCAGUUAUUAUAAAGUUUAUCCCUGUUAAAAACAGUGCACUUAAACGUCAACACCAUGAUGGUUAUGAUCUACUCCCUGCUGGCUCGGAUUUAGCUUAGACCAAACAAGAUGGUGGAAAGUAGUCGCUGUUUAGUGAAUGAAUGUAUCAAUAUAUCAAUGUAACAGUGAACCCUUUUUGAUAGUAAAACGUCACUAAUAAAGGCAAUAAAGUGUUUUUACAA